AUGGAUGUCGAUUUUCGCGAUACCUGGUUACGUCAUCGAAAAUCCCAUCAGUCCGGAUCGCGGGCGACAUUACCCAACGAAGCACGCUAUUCGUUGCGACGAUGGGUUUUUAAGCAAAAUAUUGUUGAAAAGUAUCAGCAAUUCAAUCAGUAUCGCUUAAUGCAAGAAAUUGGACAGGGUUCACAUGGAAUAGUGAAAUUAGCUUACAACGAAAAAGAUAAAAAUUUAUACGCGUUAAAAGUGGUCGAUAAGAUGAAAUUGCUCAAAAAUUUUGCAUAUUUCCGUCCUCCACCGACACGUCGGAUGAAGAAUUGUCCGUCAUUUCUGCGUGAACCGAUACAAGCUGUGCAACGUGAAAUUGCAAUUCUGAAAAAGCUUAAUCAUCCUAAUAUAGUGAAACUUAUUGAGGUAUUAAACAAUCCAAAUGAUAAAUAUUUCUAUAUGGUUUUCGAAUUACUUGAAAAUGGGCCUGUUUUAGAAAUUCCAACAGAAAAUCCAUUGGAUGAACGAAUUGCGUGGUCAUAUUUUCGUGAUGUCGUCAAAGGGCUCGAAUAUCUUCAUUAUCAGAAAAUAGUUCACCGCGAUAUCAAACCGUCGAAUUUGUUACUCUCGGAAACAGGUCACGUUAAGAUAUCAGAUUUUGGGAUUUCCUACGAAUUUCAAGGUAUUGAUGCAUUUUUGUCCGGGACCGCUGGAACGCCGGCAUUUAUGGCACCCGAAGCGCUCACAGGCUUGUCAAUUUUUGGAAAUGUUGAAUUUUUGAAUACAUUUGGGUGCAGUCUAAAAGACUCAUCGUGUUUCUACAGCGGUCGAGCCCAGGACAUCUGGUCUUUAGGUAUCACAUUGUAUGCUUUCGUCUAUGGCACAGUACCAUUCUGGGAUUCAUAUGUGAUAGCUUUGCAUAAAAAAAUAAAAAACGAUGCUGUUAGUUUCCCGAGAACGCCUGCAAUAAGCAAACCAUUAGAAAUGCUGAUUUUAAGUCUACUCAAAAAAGAUCCAGCCUUGAGACUUAUGAUGAAUGAAAUUAAGGAACACGAAUGGACAACACAAAACGGCCGCUAUCUGAUGCCUUCUGAAGCUCAAAAUUGUGAACUGAUAACGGUAACAAAUGAGGAAAUUCAAAAUUGUGUACGAAACAUACCACAUUUGGAUACAUUAAUUCUCGUCAAAUUUAUGGUACAUCGUCGAAGAUUUGGCAACCCUUUCAAGUAA